AUGCGCAACAAGCUCAGCCCCGCGUUUACUGCAAGCAAGCUGAAGGGAAUGUUUCCGCAAAUGACAAAAUGCGCUUGCCAAUUUGCAAAGUACCUUGUGUCCAGGGAAAGCGCCGAAUCAGAGCCAAUCGAAUUUAAGAGCACGUUCACCCGUUUGACCAACGAUAUAAUCGCCAGUACCGCGUUUGGAGUGGAGACCAACGCAGUGCAAAAUCCUGACGAGGAAUUCUACAAAUACGCAAAAAAUAUAACCAAUUUUGGAGUGUUACGUAGCUUUUUGAUCAUGUGCUUCCCGAAAUUAAUGGCUGCCUUGGGUGUGUCUUUUACGCCAAAGAAAGUUACCGAUUACUUCAAGCAAAUCAUUAAAAGCACCAUGGAAUACAGAGAGGAGAAAAACAUUUCCCGACCAGACAUGCUCCAGCUUUUGAUGGCUGCUCAGAAAGGGAACCUAAAAAAGGAGGUGGGCGAAGACGUUUUGGGAACGAUCGGCGAGGACAUUGCCGACUCUCGAUUGCAUGAAAAACACAUGAACACGAAUAAAGGAGAUUCUAUCAGUAUCUCUAAUGAAGAUAUCGCAUCGCAGGCAUUUGUAUUCUUUUUCGCCGGCUACGAGUCAGUCGCGACUUUCCUCUCGUUCUUGGCACAUGAACUAGCAGAAAAUCCUGAAAUCCAAAAUCAGCUCCAGGAGGAAAUUGACGGGAUUUUAAUGCAAGGGACAGUAUCCUACGAGUCGAUCAGCGCCAUGAAAUAUUUAGAUAUGGUUGUUUCUGAAUGCUUCAGAAAGUACCCACCGAACCCAACAACAGACCGAGUGUGCUUAAGAGAUUUCAAGAUUCCAAACACAGACAAAGUGAUUGAGGCUGGCACACUCAUCUACCUCCCCAUCUACCCGUUGCAUCGAGACCCUGAAUAUUUUCCAGACCCUGAAAAGUUUGAUCCUGAGCGAUUUUCUGAGGAGAAUAAAGGCAAAAUCAAACCAUACACGUAUUUGCCUUUCGGAGUUGGUCCUCACAAUUGUCUUGGAAUGAGGUUUGCGCUGCUGGAAGUAAAGCUGAUCGUGGUCUUCAUGCUCGCCACAUGCAGUUUGACAGUGUGCGACAAGACAGAAAUUCCUCUCCAGCUGUCAAAGGCAGUAACAAUGACCACUGAUAAUGGUUUCUGGCUGCUCGCGAUACCAAGGGAAAAUCCAGCCAUUAGAGUUUAA